AUGGCCGCCACCGUGCCCGUCAAUCCCAAGCCGUUCCUCAACCAGCUCACGGGCAAGCCGAUCAUCGUCAAGCUGAAGUGGGGCAUGGAGUACAAGGGGUUCCUGGUGUCCACCGACGCGUACAUGAACCUGCAGCUCGCGUCCACGGAGGAGUACGUCGACGGCAAGUUCGCGGGGAACCUCGGCGAGGUGCUGAUCAGGUGCAACAACGUCCUGUAUCUGCGCGGCGCCGAAGAUGAGGGCGGCGACGCCAUGGAGUGA